CCGGAUGCCACACCUUGGACCACAAUGGCAGACAUCGUCGGCGCGUUCGCGCAGGCGCUGCAGCACCGCUACACGAGCUCCGGAAGCUCUGGCCCAGCGUACCUCAGCGCGCUGGAAGCGUCGUCAGCUACCUUUCUCGAUGCGCUCUUCGCCUCGUGUGGUGAUGACCUUGGGCGGCUCCGGGACCUGCUGCAAUGCGUCUUGCUGGCGCAGACGCUUCCACCGGCUCUGGCGACGCAGCUUCAAACGUGGCGAGCAGAUGAGCCUCGAUGGGACUAUGCUAGCAUCAAGCAACGCGUUGUGACGGCCAUGACUGACGCGGCCACGCCGCUACGCAAGCGCCGACGCGCGGCCACCGACGCAUUGACCUUGGACGACUCUGCGCACCAGCCACGCCGCUUCCGAGAUAGCGACUGCGCGAUCUGCAAUACGUGCAUGCACCCAACGCAUGCGUGCCCCAAGCUCGAUCCGCAAAGCCACGCGCUCGCGACGUACGGAUGCUCGUACUGCUCGACGUACUGCCACACCCUCGAACGCUGCGCGACCUUGCGCAUGGAUCUUGGCGCCGACUCAGUGCGCGCCGGGGCUAUCGUCCCUGCAUGGCUUGUGUGUAGCUACUGCCGCCUCUUUGGUGUACUCGACUGCCACGACGCCGCGUACUGCAGCCGUCUCGCCCACGAUCGGCGGUCGGGUGUGGUGCAUGGCAGCUACAAGGCAAGACCGACCGACGACGUAGCAUCGUCGCCACCGGCGCCAGCACCUCAAGCUGCCACGCAUGUCCACGCGUCGGCGCGUCGCAAGGUUGUUCAACAGGCGUCCCGUCCUCGUCCGCCACGCGCCACCCUCGAGUGCUUGUACUGUUCAUCGACCAAGCAUGCCACGCGCAACUGCGGGGACUUGCGCCGGGACGUACGCUACAACUGCGUUCGGUCGACGUUCGAGCUGCCACCCGACCUCGCUUGCGCCUACUGCAAAGUCCGCGGGGAUGUCAAGCUCCACAGUACGAUGCGCUGCCGCCAAUUGGAGCUCGAUCUGCAGUACGGUGACGUCCGGCUCGCGUUCGAGUCGGUGCGACCGCGGUCGUCGGGGCCACCGCGCGCAACGGCCGCUGAAUUUGAAGCCGCGCUGGAGAAACUACGGCGAGCUCGGAAGGCCGCUGCGUAGCGAGUACUAGUACUAUCGUAGCGUCAAAUGCGUUGCAUGCGAGUCCGUGUCCUCGGGCCUUGUUUGGGUGUUUCUAGUCAUUCGACUCUUUUUCGGCACUUGCCACAUCUACACCAACGGCGCAUCAUGCAACAAUGGGAGAGCCCUGCCGACUUGCACCGGUGCGAGCGACAG